GUAUAAUACUUCGUACCGCACGUGUUAUAGCAUGUACUCAAUCUAUCCUCGAUAGUUACACUUGUACACUAAUUACAGCAGGCCAUCGAUUCGUGUCCACUAUAUGGCUAACAAGUGUGUGUAUAGCAGGCGUUCUGCUCCACUUAUCACACCGGGUUAUUUCUGACAGUAUUGUAAACAUGGACGCCGCCACAGGAUUGGUGUUUGUUGUGGUAUUUCUGUCAGUUUACACAUUAUUGUCCAGAACACGACAAUCAAAGACAACAACGAACAGGAAACUGCCGCCAUGUCCACCCUUCUGUCUGCCGAUCGUCGGUCAUCUGCCAUUACUGGCUCAGAGAGACUUGCUAGAAACAUUGACAUUACAAAGACAGAAGUUGGGCGACAUCUACCGUCUGCAAAUUGGAAGAACCACGGUGGUAGUUAUUAGUAGCUACCGUCUGCUCUAUACGGCUUUCGUGAAAAACGCUGACAUCUUCUCAGACCGUCCACACACAGUCUUCUUGGAGUUAUGUAAAGACAACGGUAUAAUACUUCUUAAUGGCCCAAGAUGGAAGAAUCAAAGACAAAUAGUACUUAAAAAUUUCAGACACUUAUGCGCAAGGACAACAAUCUUGGAAACGAUUAUCCAUAAACAAAUCCAUCGUUUCCAUGACAACAUUUCUUCUCUAGAUGGCUGUGCUGUGGACCCAAAACAACUCCUAAUUGAUGUUAUUUCAAGUGUAGUAGGCGAGGUCAUGAUUGGCAAAAUAUUUGAUACCGAUACAGUUAAAUUCAAAAGCUAUGUAGAGCAACACAAUGAGGUAGUUCAUUUAACCGCGAAGGCAGUCAUCCUGGACUUCUUACCUUUUCUCCGAUACCUCCCAGUAGAUUUGUUCAACCAUGCCAGAGUGGAGGAUCUACACCAGAAAACUACGUCUUUCGUGAAGGGAAAGAUUGGUGAGAAGCUGCAACAGAGUUUGGGCGAAGGGGAACCACGUGAUCUGAUGGAAGCGUACCUCAAAACCAGUGAAUCUGAACUAGACGAAGAUCAGGUGACCCAGACGGUGUCCGACAUGUUCGCCGCGGGUUUGGAGACCACUGUAAGUACGCUACGCUGGGCCCUGGUUUAUCUCACCCAGUACCCGGAUGUCCAGUCACGUCUACAGCAGGAGGUAGACCAGGCUCUCCCAGCGGGCACUCUUCCUUCUAUGGCUGAUAAACAGGCAAUGCCAUAUGUUGAGGCGUUCGUUAUGGAACUUCUCAGACAUUCUGAUGUUGCGCCUGUCGGACUUCUUCAUACAGUUAAUUGUGACACAUAUCUUGAUGGGUAUUUUAUACCCAAAGGAACCACCAUUAUACCAAACAUUGACUCUGUACUCAAGGACCCAGACAAUUUCGAAAGUCCGUAUGAGUUCAAACCAGAACGUUUUAUUGAUGCAGAAGGGAAAGUUUUCAAACCGGAGACAUUUAUUCCGUUCUUCUUUGGAAAACGGUUAUGUGUGGGUGAGCAAAUAGCCCGGGCGAACCUGAUGCUGUUCCUGACGUCACUGGUCCAGGCUUACACAGUGAGUCGUCAUGCUGAUGACACAGAACCAGUCCGUGGAGCCUUAAAUAUUACCUACUGUCCCAGCGACUUCAAAGUCUGCUUUCACAAACGAGACGUAACUCACCAAGGAAGGAUGUAGACACGUUCGUAACCUAUCAGCCACCUCUGUUUAUUUAGUUGUCAAAUUUGACUCACUAAAGUUUAUAAUCCGUAUCAGGAUAUUGUGAUUAAAUGCGUCCUUGCUGUCGACUAAUAUCCCAUUUAGCCAGGGUUUUCUACUAGGGUGAUUUCAAACCUGGUACCUUCGGGAUAACAGUAUCUGUCUAAGAUUUUACAAACGACAUCAAGAAAUAUACCACAUGUUGGUAAACAUGCGUAUCCUCAGGAGGGCCUGGUGUCACUUCCGCGUCCAUUUCUGCUAUUGUCUCCUCAGUACCUUAUGUCUGUUAGUGUUUAGAAUAAGAUUUUAUUAUUGUGUGUAUUGAGACCAUGGUAUACAUGUUUUAGAACCGCCCAUAUCCCCAUGGAAAACUGAUUUUGCAAAGAUAAUUACUAUCAGGGUUGUCCGUUUUUUCAAUGUCAAACCUAAUUUGGUUUCUUUUUCGCUAAUUUAUAUACCUAUUUCUAAAAUCAGUCAGAUUUGACAGUGGAGUUAAGGUUUUUAAUUACUCAUCUGAACUUCUGAGUAUAAGACACAUUUCAUCUUGAAUUGUACCAAGACAUUUCAUUUACACAAUAAACGUCCCACCUAUUCCAUUCAAGCUACAUGCUAAAUAUCAAGAUACGUGUAAGCUUGCCUAGAUUAAAGUCAUUUGAAUUUUCAUAAUGUAUGACCUCUGUGACCCUAAAAGUGGCCAAGGUCAUUCAUUUAAACAAAUUUUAUGGAGUUGAGGAUCAAAGGCACAUAUAAUAACAUGAAAUAUUCAGAUAAUUAAGGAGAAAUGCUUGAAAUAUAUUUUAAUCCAGUAACCUUAAAAGUGAGUAAAUGUUAAACACCAGAACUAAUUCGGUUACCGGCCGCCUUAAUGAGGGAUUAGUCGCCAUGGCACUGUAUACUUCAUAAGAAUAUUCAGCUCAUCAACAGGAAUAAUAUUCCGGAGGAAAUUCGUUUUAAUCCUUCGUUGGCCAAAUUUAAAGAUUAUCUCGACCAAAACUUAAGGGGACGCCCCUUGAAUAUUAUUAUGAAGGAUCGAGACAGUAUCAAUUAUAUCAUACUAGACUACGUCUCGGAUGCAGUUCUUUAAAACGCCAUCUCUUUGAAAGAAAUCUUGUUGACAAUCCCUUAUGUUCAUGUGGCCAUUUUGUAGAAGACAGCUCCCACUAUUUGUUGACUUGUACUGAUCACAAUGAAUCACGCCACGGAUACUUGACUACUUUGCCUUACCAAUUAAGUGUUGAUUUAUUACUGUUUGGUGAUGUAUCAAGAACGUAUGAUCAAAAUGUAAAAACAUUUCAGCUUCUCAAAAUGUUAUCAUAUCAACAAGAAUAUUUACAAGCAAUUAUAACUAAACUACAUUAAGUUAUCAUAAUAAACUGCAUCAGUUACUUUCUUUAUCCCUAAUAUAAUGUUCUAUCUUUCUUUCUUAACAGUUGAAAUGUCUAUGUAAUUGUACAUGUUUAUUUACACGAAUAAACUAACAGCUGUUCAAAUCGCUUUUUGUCCGGGGUCCUUGUCGAUCUGCCAUUGAAGAAUGCUUGUCGCUAUUAGGAGUCACGGUAGUCUAGCGGGUUCAUGUUCAAGUCACGGCACGACACCGUGUUGUAUCUUUGAGCAGGAUACUUUACUCCGCUUGUUCCAGUCUACUCAGCUGUAAAUGAGUACGU